AUGCUUUCUGCCCGCGGGGAAACAUAUGCCAAGGCCGGCUUGGCAAACAGCUACCUUGAGGCCCUCAAGACCCCCUACAACAAAGACAACAAGCAGGGAGUUGUGUCUUUCCGUAAUGCAGAGAAUGUACUCAGCCACAUACUCCUCCUUGUAGCAUCCAGACUAGACCACUCGGACCUCACCUACCAUGAAGGCCCUUUUGGCUCAAGACGUCUCCGAGCAGCCAUGGCCAAUCACAUAACUACAUACUUCCACCCCGCUACGCCAAUCUCGCCUGAUCACAUCAUUUUCGCAAACGGUGUGACGAGCCUAAACGCGCUCUGUGCCCUUAGUUUAACGGACCCCGGCGACGGGAUUCUCCUAGGCCAACCCAUCUACGGCUCCUUCAACGGAGAUCUCCGCGUGCCCUCCGGCUGCCAAUUGAUCUACACCUCCUUCCACGGGGACGAUCAAUUCAGCCCAGACGCAGUGACUCGGUACGAGGAGGCCUUCCUGCAAGCACGAGAGACCGGGGUAACAGCCCGGGCCCUCCUAAUCUGCAACCCGCACAAUCCGCUCGGCAGAUGUUAUCCGCGCGAGACCUUAGAGGCGCUACUGCAGUUCUGUCAGAAGUAUCAGCUCCAUCUCAUCAGCGACGAGGUGUACGCGUUGUCGGUGUACGAUGAUGCUGACUCGACCGAUGGCUUUGUUUCUGUUUUGUCGAUCGAUCCUGUCCCACUCGGGGUUGAUCCAGCCUUGAUACACGUGCUGUACGGCAUGUCGAAAGAUUUCGCGGCGUCGGGGUUACGGCUGGGAUGCUUGAUUAGCCGGAAUAAGAGGUUCCUCCAGGCGGUUUUGUCGAUGAGUAUUGCCGCUGCUGUUCUCGAGGAUCAAGGCUUUGUGGAGUCCUUUCUUCAGAAAAGCCGCCGGUUACUUCGCUCGCAGCGGGAUCUGGCAGCACGAGCCUUGGACGAGGCGGGGAUUCCUUAUGCACAGGGCGCGAUCGUCACCAGUCAAGACGGAUGGGCUGCAGAGUUGGCUCUGUCCCGCCAGCUGCAACAGAUUGGGGUGGAGAUGUCGACUGGCUAUGCAUACCACAAUGAAGUGCCUGGUUGGUUCCGCGUCAUCUUCUCACUAGAUGAGGAGAGCCUGAAAGAGGGCUUAUCCAGGUAG